CCGCUUCCCUCACUGCUUUCCAGACCAAACGAUCCCCUCUUGCUCGCCUGCCAGAUUACCCCCCCUUGAAAACCACUGUUAUUACCGUUGCAGCUGCAGAGAGUCUGUGACACUCUGUUUGUUUGACCUGCUUUCCCUUACAUGUCCCUAUAGCUAGUGUGCUGCCCGCGAGGAGCGACUAUCCCCUCCGCCUUCACUCCCUCCCUGUUUUGGUUUUGUUGCCAAUACAAACAACAACCAUGGCCUUCUUCUUCAACCGCGGUCGGUCCCGCCAGCCUUCGGACAUUGCCAGAUCAAUCAAGGAACUCUUGGUGAGGCUUCGAGAAUCGCCAACCACUGCCAAGGUCGAAGAUGAUCUGGCGAAGCAACUAUCUCAGAUGAAGCUCAUUGUCCAGGGUACUCAAGAGAUUGAGGUGUCCCCUGAACAAGUCCAAGCAUUAGUGCAGGCUACCCUGCAGGAAGACUUGCUCUACGAACUAGCCCAAGGGCUUCAUCGUCUGCCCUUCGAAGCUCGAAAAGACACACAAACUAUCUUCUCUCACAUCCUCCGUUUCAAACCCGUCAAUGCAAGCCAUGCAGACCCUCCUGUCAUUUCCUACAUUGUUCACAAACGACCCGAAAUUAUCAUCGAACUGUGCAAGGGCUACGAACAUAGCCAAAGUGCCAUGCCAUGCGGCACUAUCUUGCGAGAAGCGCUGAAGUUUGAUGUUAUCGCGGCGAUCAUCCUCUAUGAUCAGUCGGAAGAGGGGGAGCCAGCGAUUCGACUGACGGAGGUGCAGCCGGGCGUGCCUCAAGAGGGCAAUGGCAUAUUCUGGAGGUUCUUUUACUGGAUCGACCGAGGGAGCUUCGAACUGAGUGCCGACUCUUUCACAACGUUUAGGGAGAUCUUGACCCGCCAUAAGUCCAUCGUUACGGGCUAUCUAGCCACAAACUUUGACCUCUUCUUCGCCAAAUUCAACGAGGUACUUGUACAGUCCAGCUCGUAUGUCACUAAACGACAAAGCAUCAAGCUACUAGGAGAGAUCCUUCUGGACCGAACCAACUACAAUGUGAUGAUGGCCUAUGUGGAGAGUGGGGAGAACCUCAAGCUGUGUAUGAAACUGCUGCGGGACGACCGAAAGAUGGUCCAGUAUGAGGGCUUCCACGUGUUCAAGGUGUUUGUUGCGAACCCCAAUAAAUCGGUUGCGGUGCAGCGGAUCCUGAUCAACAACCGUGAUCGGCUGUUGAAAUUCUUACCGAGGUUCCUAGAGGACCGGACGGACGACGAUCAAUUUACGGAUGAGAAGAGUUUCCUGGUGCGCCAGAUUGAGCUUCUUCCCAAGGAGCCGAUUGAGCCAGCACGGUCCGCGCGCGAAGCGUCUCGCUCCGGCAUCAACACGGCAGCAGUGGCCUGAAGGCCGCGUGAAUCAAGAAUUAAGCUGCGACCAUUGGCAGGGGAACGGCCAAUCUAUCGAUCCUCCCGUGCCAAUAUGCUUUUUACCCCUGCUUUUCCUAUGUCGACCAAGUGCGGGUCUGCGUCGGAGGGCCGUGUGCACUGGGGGCACGCUAGGCCGCGGUGCCGUUUGUUUGCAUUGAAGGCAAGCUGGUUUCUAGCCUUCUCGGAGUUUUACAGUGGGUUGUCACCAUCUAAAGGGAAAGAAAGGGGACAAGAAUUAGGGUUUGAUUUUAUUUUUUUUAUUCUGAGAAAAGCCUGAAAGCUGGCCGAAGGAGAAGGGCAGAAAGAAGAAGUGCACGAGAAUAAAGAAUCGCCCCUAAGGGCAGUAGUCCUUGCAUGUAAGUAACGCCGGAUGUAAAU